GGAGGUGGGAAUGCAUAGGGGAGGUCUUAAUAGUGUGUUCUAGGGUGGUGGUCAUUCAUUUCAGUCCAGACAGGUCUGCUGAGCUACUGAUUGGACAGUAGAUGGUACCCCAAAGCUCUUUAUGGUAUAGAUAUUCCCAGAGAACUCUGCAUGUGCUGAUUCAAGAGAAUGUGAAUGUGUGACAUUAUGGCAGCACACAGUAAUGAGAACCUACGUACCAUUUCAGUCUGACCUCAGAUAGAAGAGACUGCCCUUAUCAUUGAAACUCAGCAUGGCAGAAGAAGGGCUUCCAAAAUCUUUGGAUGGCACAGCGGAUAUACACAAGAGUGACGAAUCUGUCAUUUUUCAAGGAUCUGGAGUAUGCAAAUGGUUCAAUGUACGAAUGGGUUUUGGAUUCCUCACCAUGACCACGAAGGAGGGAAGUGAUCUUGAGAACCCAGUAGAUGUUUUUGUUCAUCAGAGCAAACUCCACAUGGAAGGGUUUCGCAGCUUGAAGGAAGGAGAAUCUGUGGAGUUUACCUUCAAGAAAUCCUCCAAGGGUUUGGAAUCAACUCGAGUGACAGGACCUGGUGGGGCUCCCUGCAUUGGGAGUGAAAGGAGACCCAAAGUAAAAGGGCAACAAAAGAGAAGACAAAGGGGAGACAGGUGCUACAACUGUGGAGGUUUAGACCACCAUGCCAAGGAAUGCAAGCUGCCUCCUCAGCCCAAGAAAUGUCAUUUCUGCCAAAGUCCAAGCCACAUGGUUGCCCAGUGUCCAGCAAAAGCAUCUCAGGCUACCAGUUUAGAAGAGCAACCAACCUCUGAGGAACAAGGGCUAAUUCCUGAAACUAUGGAGUAAUCUACACCAUCCUUCUACUUUACCUCAAUCCCAACCCUGGCAGUGGAAAAGAUUCAGAGCAUAAGUUUACAGCAGAGCAAAGCACUAACGUUUUUCCUUGUAGGGAUAAUAUUUUGCUCAAACGGGGUAUAAUUUACAAGCAAAGGCUUAACUGGUCUGUGUGGCUAAGUGGGGUCUUAUAAUCACUUUUUGAAAAUAUUUACCCUACUUGCAAGCAGAGUAUAUAAAAUAAAUGGUAGAAAAUACUAUCUUGCAAAUAAGUGUGUAUGAUUCUUAAAAUUAUAAAUCAAACCAACAGCUAUUGACCACAACAGGUUGAUGAAAAACCAUUACACAUGGAAAACAAUCCACCAUGUUGAUUACAAGAACUGCUAACUUUUUCUGUUGUGAGGCUGAAGGCCAUACAUGUGUAGAUCCUCUUGUUGGAGAGGUUGUCAAACAACAGAUCUUGCCCCGAUAUGCCCAAGUCAAUUGGGCAAUAUCAGGCUGAUCCGAUUGUAGGUCCUAGGGCCCAAUGAUCGGAUCACAACACCAGGAAUGCAGGUGGUCUCUGUGAUGACCGCAUCAACGAACCAAUGUGUUCCUUGAUCUCACAAAUUUUCAAACCUCCCCAAACGAAAUCUGUCUGAUUUUCAGCCAGAUAUUGAUCAUUCAAGACCGUCAUAAGGCCCCAUACAGUCAAUAAGCUGCCGACUUGAAUUUUUAUCAUCCCGUGUAUGGCCACCUUUAGAUAAUACAGAUACCAACUGGGGAAAAUAUACUCAUAGAAUACAUUCUAAAAAAUAAAAAUAUACAUUUAUAUGCAUUUUUUCUGUGCCCCUGACCCUGUCUGGAGGUUGAGAAUUAUGUAAUAAAGUAUGUUUUUUUAAAAAAUUUAUUCUAUUGAGUGUCCUGCUCUACUUUAAAUAUUUAUUGGAUUAGUCCUGUGAUUGGGUGACCCCUGCCGUGAAUGCAGCGAACACAAAAUUUAUCUUUUGUAAACAAGUCCGCACCACCAAAUUUUUAUUAUAUAUAUUAUUAGAAUCAUUCGAAUGAAUUCUGGUAUUGAUUGCUUUUUUUUUGCGCAGGAUUUUUUCACUGUUUUUUCCCCCCAAAAAAUAACAAGCUUGCCAAGUUUAUGUAGUGAGCUUAUUAUCUUCUGCAAGUGCUGCAAGUUUGACACCCUAUUCUGAAGUCUCUGCUUAACUUUGUGCUCUGGUGUUUGCCUUCUGUCCUCUUUCUUCUUCUACUACAGCACACUUUCUUAUUCUCCCCUAUAUAUUGUUCUUAUUUCAGAUUCUCUUUAUUUUUAUAUUUUGUACGGUAAUCUAUUUUUCUUUUAUUCGUUGCUGUGCAUGCUGGUUAAACAUUACUUUUACAAUUGUGUUUAUUUAAAGCUGCUUUGGACAUUAUAGCAUUUAUCUCCCCUCUUUAUAAGCCUUGUUGUAACUCAUUUCUAUAUGCAGAACAUAAUUAAUCAGAGCUACUCUGCCUGCAAGGAUUUGUUUCCCUAAAGAGAGGAAAUAUAUAUGCUUGUUUGUCCACUGAAAUAAUUAACCUCUGUGCUGCCAUGACACCACGCAUGGAAGAGAUUAAUUAUAAAUUAGGUCAAGGGUGAGCAGUUCAGUCAUCAAGAGCCACUAACAGCCUAGAGAUAUAAGAUUUCUGCAAUUACCUGUUAGUUAACCAGAUAUUUUUAAGUCCAGUACUAAGCAAAAUAUCUAGUUGUAGUUUGCCUAAAAAGAUCUGGGCUGUGACUGGCUUUUGAAAAUAUCAGCUGAAAACCCUAACUUCAGACAAUCCUGUCAGAAAAGCAGGAGUUAAUUUAAUGCAAGAAAAUAUAGCUAAAAUAUAUGUAAAAAUAUAUGAAAGAAUGUUUAGAUGCCAUGUUUGCUUCCCUGAGAUCAUGUACAGGUUACAAAAUGAUCUUUCCUACAUUAAGGGGCAGAUUUAUCAAGGGUCGGAUUUUGAGAUGAUGGAAGUUUUUUAAACUCCCAUCAACUCGAAAUUUGAAUAAAAAAAGACCAACCGAAAUUUAUUAAAAAAAUAUAUAAUUUUUUUAAUUUGAGUGAAUAGGCUGAAUAGGAUGUGUUCAGAUCGCAUUUGAUCGAAUUAGAUUCAAAGUAUUUAAAAAAAAAAAAUAAGUCCACCACAUGACUCCAGGGGUUCUAGGAGGUCCCCCAUAGGCUAAAACAGCAAUUCUGCAGGUUAUAGAUGGUGAAUAGUCAACGUAGAAUUUUUAAAGAGACAGUACAUGAUAAAUUUUGAUAUUUCAUUUUUUUUCAAAUUCAAAUCAAAUUUGGACUAUUCACUAAAAUUAGCUUGAAAUUCAAAUUUAAAAUUAUAUUUUUCAAUUCGACCCUUGAUAAAUCUGCCCCUAACUGUACUUUAAUUACAGUUUACCUUUAUCACAUUGGGGAGAGAUAUAUUUAAUGCUGUAGGCUGCAUGUCCUAAAUAUUUCCUAAUAUCUCCUUAACAAGAAUAUCUCAGUACACAUACAUUAAAUUAGUGUUUACAUAAGCCCUUUUGUUAGAUUAACGGAACUUGUGUUAAAGAGUGUUAUAUAUUGCUGGAUAUAUAUCAUGUUAGCAGGAAAUAUAUAUAAAUGUAUAAGUAUUUAUAUUGUUUUAUAUAUGUAUAUUAAUCUGUAGCGCAUGUAUGCAUAUAUUUAUAGUAUAUUAAUAUAUAUACUGUGUUACGGAACUAUGUAUAUUGGUAAAUCUAUAUAAAACAAUGACUAUUUAUAUACGCUAGAUGUGCUCAUGCUGCAAUGUCAUGUAGUUUGCGUAAGGAGAUAAUAUUUGGAAUGAUCAGCCUCGCGUUAGGUGUACAGAUCCUGCCAAUGUAUGCCGUCUUAUAUCAGGGUAAUGAAGAUAAUGAUAUCUAAUCUGUUUUUUUUUUUUAACCAUCUGGAUACCAUAUUGCUGUCUUCUUCCUGUUUUUCUUAACCUAUAUCCCCUCAAUUCCCUCCACUUCCUUAAAAUUUAAUCCACCGAGCAGAACACUACUUCUUGAUCACUUUGUAUGCAUGUGAUUGAUUGUUAUGUAGCUUAAGUACUAAAAUGGACAUUGCAAAUAAAGGCCACUAGCUGCAAAAAUGGGCAAGUCUACUAAAAAGCCUAGCAUUACAAUUUAAGCUUCCUUUAAAAAAAGGUCAAUGUUCACAGGUAAAUUAGAGAAUUCAAAGUGGACUAAUGCAGAAUGCCUUCUCUUGUUAAAAUUCAUUCACUGUGCAGUGUGUACCUUGAAUAAACUCAAAUAGGCAACAAAUUGAUAUGAAAAUCAUAAAUAAUACUGCAUGGCCCUACCAUUACUAGCAUUCAAACAGCUGCAACAUUAUAUGCUUGGUGGAGGUAGUUGAGAGGUGUUGGAAAGCUAUACAACAGCUUCUGGAAUGGACAGAUGGAUAUUUUCUGUUAAUGUUAUGUACAUGUAUGUAUUCAUUUAUAUAUAAAUAUAUAAACUCAGGAUGGCUCAGUCACAGCUUUAGUCUGGACCAAUGUGGGUGGGGAUAUUUUAUAUAACUAUACAUAUGUAAGAAAUCUACCUCAGGGACAUAAGACUGUGUAUAUAGCCAGCUGUAUAUACAUCAGUCUGUAUGGAUACAUCCAGCAAGUGCUGAACUCAGGGAAGUUGUCCAAAUCUCUGCACAUAAUUCUUGUGAUUUCUGACUUUUUGAGACUUUUUUUAUUACCAAUAAAAUCAUUUUGAUCUAUAAA